GCCGUCACGGACUCACACACGGAAUAACAACAACAACAAAGUGAAACUUCCGACAAACAACAUUGAAACAGCGACAGCGUGCGGUGCACGUGCUUCUCGACUCUGCUCUCCUCGAGUGACCUGCUGAGAGCCCAGCCGCGCGCGCCAUGGACUCCGACACGAGCCGCGUGUCCAGCCGUCCGUCCUCUCCCGAAGCGGACGACCUGUUCCUCUCCUCCGCCGCCAUGAAGAAGUCGGCCGGGUUCUCGGGCGCCGUGUCCUCCACGCAGGGCGACUCUCCGGGCGAUCUGGGAGGCAUCGAUGGCCGCGCGCUCUCCUCCGCCUCGGUCGCGGACGACUGCGGCGGCGCGCUGGGCUUGAAGAUGUUCUCCAAGAAGGACCGCAAGCUGCUCUCCGAGUCCGAACUGCAGACCAUCCGGCUCAAGAUCAACAGCCGCGAGCGCAAGCGCAUGCACGACCUCAACAUCGCCAUGGACGGCCUGCGCGAGGUCAUGCCGUACGCGCACGGGCCCUCUGUGCGCAAGCUCUCCAAGAUCGCCACGCUACUGCUCGCGCGCAACUACAUUUUGAUGCUCAGCAACUCGCUGGAAGAGAUGAAGCGGCUCGUCAGCGAGAUCUACGGCGGCGGCGCGAGCGCGGCGGCGGCAGCGGCGGCUGCGGCUGCCGGUGGAGCAGCGGCGGGAGCAACGGCGGCGGGCGCGGCAGGCCACCACGCCGCUUUUCACCCGUCCGCGUGCGGCGCGCUGGCCCACGCGGCGCCUCUACCCGCGCACCCCGCCGCCUCGCACGCGGUGCAUCAUGCGCUCCUCCCGCCCAGCGCCGCCAGCGCACCCGGCCUUUCCGCCGUGGCCUCUGUGCGAGCGCACCACGGACUGCUGAAGGCUCCUCCCGCGGCCUCGAGCUUCCAGCACUGGGGCGCGGGCAUGCCGUGUCCGUGCAGCAUGUGCCAGGUCCCGCCGCCGCCACCGCCGCCGCACGUGACCAGCAUGAGCGCAGUGGCCAUGACGAGGCUCGCCAGCGACUCCAAAUGACUCGGGAGGCCACAUAUGACACGGACUCGUAUAGUGUAGUGCGUUAAAGUUCACCUGGUUCAAAUGGUGCACAUCCGGGACACGCGGCUACAGCCCAGAGUGGUGUGUGCGGUAAAAUGAAUAUAUUGCAAUGUGUGUUCAGUAUAUCGCACUCAGAGCGGCCUCAGUCCAGCAAAGGGUCCUCGUUCACAAACGGUGCCCUGCAGGACCAGCCCACUCAAAAAUGGCAUGUGUUUAAAAUUGCAAUAUAUUUAUUUUACAUAGGAAUAUACUGACAAUACACUGAAAAAUACCGCUGUAUGUUUCCACACACACUCAAAACAUCAUCUCACAACUUUCCCUCUCAGUUUAUUUACUUUUGGCAAUAAUUCUGUUUUAUUCACGUGAAACAGACGCGCUGUUUUGAAUCAGGUAAACUAAACGCACUAUUUCCUUCCCACUGUAGCCUCAGAAAGACUGUAUCUGAUAGACAGAGGUGAGGCUGAUGGGGAGCUGACACAGCCGGAUCAGUGACACUAACGUAGCUUUUUUAACCCGUUUAGCUCCAGUAGGUGAUUAUUUUCCUCCACACGGACAUUUCAGUGUAGCUCAUCAUCGAUUGUGAACGUGCUGUAACUGUUCAGCCACCUCUACAAAACUGUUAUUAUUAUUACUAUUAUUAUUAUUAUUAUGAUGUGUAAAUAAACCAUGUAAAUAUGUAGACAGUGUUUGUACAGAAUGAGAGAUUUUAUUUUAGGACUGAAACUCGCGCUUCGGGCUUUAGAGCGAGCCUGGAGAACUCUUAUUGCACCUGUUCACCUCUCUCUCCCCCUCUCUCUCUCUCUCUCUUUCUCUCUGUCUCAUAUUCUUCUCUCUUUGUUGUCUCUGUUCUUACUGCCAUGUCAUUGACCGACGCAAAGAAUGAUCAUCUUUUAUUUUUUAUAAAAGUGCGAGACGAUAUUUAUUGACUUAUUUUCGAUUGUAUUUUCAAAUGAAUGAGGGAUGAUGUGAGAACUGUAAAUGUAGUUCAAAUAAUAAUAAUAAUA